GUACCUGCUGAGCACACCCACGAGAUGCUAUACCUUAUGCUGGGCUUGGCCUGUGUCAACACGGUCGUGUUCCUGGCGUUCCGCGCCCUGGAUUCGCAGUCGCCCACACUAGAGAAGGCGCGGAUGCGCUUUGGAGAGCCAAUCAUGAGGGCUGUUGGUCGCGGCAGCUAUGACAUUGAGAUCAGCGAGAUCCAGGUGGCAAACCUGUUUAUGGCUGGCCAGGUGUACCUGUCCGUCCAUGUAGGUGACUGCCAGGAAAUGUCAGCGCAUGCCGCUCCCUCGAAUGGCCUUGUUCGGUUUCAGGACUGCUUACGCUUUCGUCUGCGGAGCGUGGAUCGCGAACCUUGCGUUUUCCGACUCCUCGCCGCUGGAGACCGCCUCCAGGCGCCGCUUGCGGAGUUGAAGCUCACUGCGCAGGAUGUUCUCCGGCGCGUGCGAAGCAAGCAUGGACAGCAGUACUUCAGCUUCCGCAUGUCGAUGGAGGACAGACAGUCGACUGGGAGGCUGUCUGGCCCUGGCCUUCAGCUAGCGAUGCGAAUUCGCCAGUUGGAGUCCAGCAAGGCAGCUGCGCUUCGCCGCCCUCCGCUUGGUCUGCCGCGACUAGCAUAG